AUGCACAAGACAGACCCAGCAUCGACAUGGAACAUCAAUUAUUUAUCCACUGUGAAUCAUACCUCAUUAUCAUAUGCCGCCGGUGCAAGCACGCUGUGCCAGCAGGAUCCCCAGUGCCAGUAUUUGGCAGGGAACAUGAACACCAUACGCAAGCACUGGCAGAACAAGCACAGCUGGUCGCCAUAUCCCAGCCGUGGCCGUACAGCGCCACAAAAGCGUACGGCAGCACAGGAUGAGGUGGACAGAUCAUGCCAGAAGGUGCAGUUCCAGCAGAUAUUUGCAUCGCGCAAGGGCUCCCACUACAUACAGAUCCAGACUAAGGAGACUACUGAGCAUACCGGCACGCCAGACCAGAACAGAGCCAGCCAGGCCAUUGAUGAGCUGGAGCGAUUUUACCAGGAACAGCAACGGCAGACCAGCAAUGUCAUCCAGGCCGGGGAGCACGAUGAAGCCAACCCAUGGCUGCGGCGGACCAGAUGGCCGGUGUACUUGACCAACAUCGCACCCAAUGAUCUGGUCAACUGCGUCCAGCGGCCCGACGAUGACACCACGUGCCCAGAUGAACUGGCCGCGAGGGCCAUCGGGAGGCCAUGGGGCAGGUUGCCCGUACCAGCCAGCGAGUCAUCACACGGCUGGGCCACUUCGUCCGCAUCGAGGCCAUCCGCACAGAGCGACACCAGACCCGGCACACCCCGUUGCAGGCAUACAUGGAUGAGGAGAGCAUCGCCGAGCACCCCACAGUACCGGUUCACACCACGGCAGCGCAAGACAUGGAGGGUAUUAUGGCAGGUAGCCACCACAGAGGGAGCCGACCAGCGACACUCCAUCAGCCCAGACCCCAUGGAUGAGCAGAUGACUGAGGAAGAAGAAGAGGAGGAGGAGAAGGGACAGAGAGAUACGCAGUCAGAAGAAGAAGAUAAGUUCAAAUCAACCAAGAUCCAGAUGGCAUUGCGCGCUGGUAGACGCGUGGCGGUGCUGGGACGGGGGGAGUAUGGAUGGUGCGACGCGGAGAGCUACCCACCAAUGUUGUCACGGAUCAUCAAGGUGGCACGGUUCAUGGUGGUGCACAAGGCGCUGCGACUGGACGCCAAUGCAUCCGACAUGCUGGCCAGGAACCAAGCAAGCCAGAUGGUGGGAGAGUGGGCCGUGGUGAGCGCCAUGAAGGAGGCGGAUUACACGUUCACAGGCAAUCAGAAUGAAGGACAGACAUUCCACAAACAGAAUGUCCAUCAAGGCCGGUUCAUCAUCACACAUCAGCAGCGAGGGCAGAGGGCAUUGAUGGAUGAGGAGGUUUUAGUGGAAGAGGCGCAGAGGUGGAAGGAUCAGUGUUUGAUAUGUGCAAGUGGCAAGCGGGAGUUUGACCAUGAGCUGUACCAGUGUCCCCACGAGGAGAGCCAGGAGGCAAAGAGAUGGAUGAUGACAGUGCGGAGCAAGAUCAAAUACACACAGUAUUCCGGGUGCUUCCGAUGCGGGAUGCCGCAGUCCAUAUGCAACAGCUGGAAGACACAGAGGCAGUGUCCGUACAGGGGAUUUUUGAUCCCGACAGUGGCAAUGAUGAUGUAUGGGUGUCAUGCAGGGCAGAUGAAGCAGGCGUGGAGACAGCGGCUGAGAGAGUUCAAUGUGGAUGCAGAUGAUCAGGAGGCGGUGAUUGAAUUUUUGGGACAGAAGGUUGAGGGGCAGGGCAUGGAGCACAACCGGCUGGUGGAGAUGGUUUGUUGGCUGCGAGGGAUAUAUCAGGAGGCAGAGAGGGGGAAGAUCGAGUUAGAGGGUACAGAGGUCAAGUGA